AUGGUAGCGGAGCCCUGGACAGGGGCAAAGCUGUCCAUAGCACGCGUGGUCAUGGCGGCUGCUGUUGUGAUUGCGCUGAUGGCGCUUGGCAUGCAGCUGGCCGAGACUGUGGAGCACUACGCAAAGAAGGACCUCAACCAAAGCCUCAGGUUGUGCAUCCCAGUAGCAAAACAGAAGUGUGUAGGCUUCCGAGGCAGCAAUUCGAAUGCUUCCGAAGCUGAUGGAGUUACAGGCAGUUGGACUGUAACUGAAUGGGUGUUGGUGGACAGACCCAGCACUUUGGAUGGGAUGCAGCGCCAAGUUCAAGUCCAUGGUGGCAAAGUUCAGCAUGGUUCUGAUGGCUUUGCAAUCAGUGCCGAGGCAAUCAGUGCUGGUGAGACAACAAUCAGUGCAUGUGAGAUGGUGGGGCAGCAUGGGGUAGAUGGCAUGGAAGGUGGUGCACAAGGUGAGAAUGCUUUUCUUCAACAAAUGUCAAUGCUGGCAACGGCUGCAGCCAACGCAGCAUCAGCGGCUGAACGGGCUAUAGGUGCCUUAGCCUCCAAGAGCAAGGACGGUUCCAGGUUGUGGCGCUCAUUGGUCCAAGAGUAUGAGCUUUCUUCAAGACAGCGUUCUUUGGCUUUGGCACAGGCCCUCAGCAACUACCGGGCCUUCACCAAUGCGAAGACGAUCAUGGAACAGAAGUACCUGCAAUUGACCAUGAAUGAGCACACCAGCGCACAGUUGAAAGAGACGAUGAUGGGCUAUGACAAAGCAUGUCGAUGGUUCAACAAGUUGUUUCAGGUGAUCCUGCUCAACUUCCACAAGUACCAAUUCAACCUGCUGCUGGCCAAGGUUGACAAGUUCUCAGGUACUUCAGUGAGAAUGGUAAGCUCUGGUGAGGAGUUUGACAAGGAUGUGGUGAUUUUGGACAGCGGCUCAAAUGUCUCGUUGUUGCCAUUGUCCUAUGGCCAAUGUGGUGCACAUACAGUUCGAUCAGAAGAUGUGCAGCUUCGUGAUUGCCAAGGUUCACAUUUGAAAGUGACUGGCUACACAACAGUUUCUUUGGUUGUGAAAGAUGGUGAUGGGACCGAGGCUGAACUGGAGCAUGUGUUCCUUAUUGCAAAUGUGAAGAGCUGCAUUCUUUCAUUGGGACAGCUUUACCGCAAUGGAUGGUGUGUCAAGCAGAUGGAUGAUGGCUCAGGUCCUUAUCUGAAAAAAAGUCCUGACCGUGAACUUCGCGUCCCAGUGAACUAUCAACGCAACAGUUUGGCCAUGAAUGCAACAGUUUGUCGUGUAGAACGAGUUGAAGAUGAAGAUAUGCUGUCGCCACAUGUCUAUUUCAGGGCCAUCAUGGAGCUGGAGGUGAAGAUGUCAUUGUGCUCACAAUUUUGUCUGAACGAGAUGAAGCUUUGGCGCAUUUUGGUGGUUUGUUGGAUGUUGGUGGCUAUGCGAUGGAAGAGCCCUAUGAGCUGGAAUCUCCCUAUCCAGGUGAAGCUGAAGAUGUUUUGCCCAUUGAAGAUCAACCCAUUUCUUGACGAAGGGCGUGAUGACAUCAUGGGGCGUGACAUUCCUGAGCAUCAAGCUAUUGCCCUAGCACUUCGAGAAGAUGCUGAAGCUGAAGCUAUCGUGGUGAAUGAUGUACAGGUGACACCCAACAGUUCAGUUGAGAUUCUUAGGGAGAGGAAGUUGCAUGAGGUGACACAUCUCCCUGUCAAGAAGUGGUGCAGCCUUUGUGUCCAGUCCAAAAGCAGGACAAAUCAUCAAAAGCCCACACCUCCUGAUGCUAUGGCGCAAGGAAUUUUUCGUACUCUGCAAUGUGAUUUUUACACAGCUUCUGGAAAUUUGAACGUGUUGAUCAUGAUCGAUUCCUGGACAAAGUUCAUUGCAGUUGAGCCUUUGCGCAACAAACUUCAGUCAGUGGUUGGAGGUGCAGUUGCAAGGUUUUUGGGCGGGUUGAGUUACUAUGACCAGGUGGAGAUGGCUUUCGACAAUGAACCUGUGCUUGCUGCAGGCAUGAGAGUUGCACAGACAAUUAGAGCAGCACAGGGGCUUCCAACGACUCUCCAACCUGGACAGAUCUAUGCAAAGGGCCGUACCGCACUUGCAGGAAGGAGCAUCCAAACAGUUCGGGCCCAAGGCAAAUGUUUGAUCCAUUUGGAGGACAAGAUGAGGGUUUUCGCCUUAGAUAAUUUGCAGGAAAAUUAUUCGACACAAUGGCGUCGUGGAAUCUGGUUGACCAAAGAUGCAGCAGAUAUGGAUGUGGUGGCUGUGUCAGAGAAUGACAGCAUUCGAAGCAGGGCUAUCAGAAAGGUGGCUGAGCAUUGGAAUGCUGAGUUGGCCAUGGUGCUCACAGUUGGACCCUGGGAUAUGCGUCGUGGUGUUUACGCAGAGGUGAAGCAUGUGAACCCGCCUGAGUCUCCUAUGCCUCUUUGGCAUGCCCCCAUUGGUGGCGUUGAACCGGAGUUUGAUGAGGAUGAGAAGGCAGUGAGAAAGUAUGCCAAGGAGAACCCCAUGGAGGACUUGGAGGAGACAGAAUAUGUGGAGAGAUCAGAGGUAGGUGGGGCUUCAGCCAAUGCUCAACAGGCAAUUCAGCCUGACCAAUCCAGUGAACAACACGUGAUGGGUGAUGCAGGAGCUCUUGCACGAGCAAAACGACAAGGAGAUGAUGUACGUCUUCCCAUUCCUGUUCGGCAACCCGGGGCAGAAACUGAGGCAGUGAAGAGAUCACAGCAAUCUGAAGAUGAUGUGCAGAUGAAGUUUGUGAAGUUUGACCCAGAUACUGCAGUGAUUGAGCCAAGUCCCAAGCAGCAAAGGACUUCUCUCUACAGCCCCGUCUAUGCAGGUGACAUUUCAGGCAGUCCAGCGACCUCUUCAACAGCAAGACAUGUGCGCAGAAUUGUGGAGGAAAUCGAGCUCUAUGAUGAUGAGCUGGAAUGCAACAUUGCCGAUGAUUCCUUUGAUUGGGAACUUUGUGAGCACAGCGUGACUUUGAGGGUGAGAAGGCAUCAAGUCAUGCGAAACGAUGCUGAACAUGGAGAUGCAAAUGGUGAAGCAGAUGUUCCAGACAGAGAUGGAAAUGAUGAAGAAGAUCAUGGAGGUGAUCAACCUGAUGGAGAAGAUGAAAGUUUUGAGGAGGAACCAGAAUCUCCCAGAUCGAGAUAUCAGAGAUACCUUCGGUCAACAGUGGAGGAGGUUAGCGAUGUGGGUGAUUGGGCAAACAUUCAUUAUGGCUUUGCGCGUGAAAGUGUUGCACAAUCAGUGGCGAUGGACGUGAUCGAGGCAAUUGAGAAGAGUGGAUCAGGGCCACCUACGUCAAUGGAACCCCCCAUGCUUGGAACUAUGAACGAGGCAAACUACUUCCUGAGCAGUGUGCCGAUGGCCGAUUUCUUCAGCAUUAUCCCUGUUCUUCGGGAACCUUUGGCGUUGGAGGAUUAUCGAUGGGAUCUACUUGGUCAAGGUAACGGUCCUGAGAACCUACUGGUGAUCAAUUGCAGAAACCUUUCAAGGGCAAUCCCGACAAUGGCAGACCCAAUGGCACGACAACGACACCUUCGUCUUCUACGAAACCUUCAAAAUUUGCUGAUCAAAUUCCAAUCGGGCAAACGAGAGGAUUGGAUUGAAGCAGCAGAACGAGUUCAAGAUUGGCUGAACUGA